GGACACUAUUAUACUGAAAGAGGUAUUAUGAAGAUAUUCAGCUAGUCUGCCAACACAAUCAUCAACAAAAUCAAUAACAAUGAUAUAUUCAUAAGAUGAAUAACCUCAUCAGCUUGCGAUAACCCGAAUGCGUCGAUCAGCAGCGACCCACCGUUUCUCCAUUUUCCGGCCUCAGAUAAGCAGUGCGAUCGAACACUUCAGAAUAAUGGGAUGAGAUGCUCCUUAUGAAUGGAUGAAAAGCAUCACAUAUCCAGUUAUCCAUGCCUGCGUCUCCACUUGGAUCGACAUCUUUUCAGCUCGUCUUUUUAGCUUCCCAGAAUUUUUCCCUCGUUCCUUUUCCCCUCACGCUUGUUCGGUCUAUUUUCUGACGACCUUUUUCUUUUCUUUUUCCUUUCUUCUUUUCUUUCUUUUCUUCCCCUUUUCCUCCAUCGAUUUCAGAAUCCGGAUUUCCUCAAUUCUGUCAAUAUGGGCAUUCCAGAACGCGAAUCGGGGGACCAUCCGCCAGCCGAGGCUGACUCGGAGGAGGUGCGCCCUCCGCCCACGGUCAACGAGCGCAAACUCAUGGCCAAAAUCGACUGGCAUGUGGUGCCGUGUCUGUGUGCCAUGUAUCUGUUUGCUUUUCUGGAUCGAGUCAACAUCAGUAACGCAGCGACCCUGGGGCUUCAAACCGACUUGAACAUCGAAACAGGCACCAAAUACAACACAGCGCUGACCAUCUUCUUCGUGCCCUAUGUGAUUUUUGAAAUCCCGUCGAAUAUUCUCAUGAAGAAAUUGAAACCGCAUUUGUGGCUGUCACUCUGCAUGUUUGGCUUUGGCGUCGUCAUGGUCUGUCAAGGACUCGUCCAGAACUGGGGUGGUUUGAUGGCCACGCGUUGGUUCCUGGGCAUGUUCGAGACUGGUCUGUUUCCUGGGUGUUUCUAUCUCAUGGGCAUGUGGUAUCAGCGCAGUGAGGCGCAGAAGCGAUUCAGUUUCUUCUUCAGUUCCACCACCCUCGCUGGUGCCUUUGGUGGUGCUCUCGCUACUGGUCUUGGAAAGAUGGAGGGUCUCCGGGGGUACAAUGGAUGGCGAUGGGUGUUUAUCAUCGAAGGCUGCAUGACCUGUGUCGUUGCCAUGAUCACCUUUUUCCUCCUGCCUGAUUUUCCCGAAGAUGUGAAAUGGUUGACGGAGGAUGAGCGCGCGUUUCUGCGUCACAAGCUGGCCAAGGAUACUGGCAAGGCUGAGCCGAAUGUCUCGGUUGGCUUUAAGGAUGUUUUGGCCGUGUUUAAAGACUACAAAAUCUUUAUCGGUGGCUGGAUGUACUUUGGCCAAGUCGUUACUGCUUAUGGCUACGCCUUCUUUGCACCAACUAUUCUCAAAACAUACGGCUACUCUGCUAUCCAAACCCAGCUGUACUCGAUCCCCCCAUGGGCCGCUGCGUUUGGCUUCUCCAUGUUGAUCGCCUUUCUUUCUGAUCGAUUCCGCCAUCGGUUCUUAUUUGCCCUGUUUCCCAUGUUGAUCGCAAUGGCUGGGUACGGAAUGCUGCUGAACAUUACCGAUCCAGCGAAACACCACAUCCAAUACGGAGCUCUUUUCCUGGUGACCUGUGGAUGCUACAGCGCCAUGCCAGUGCUUGUUUGCUGGUUCGCCAUGAACCUAGGAGGCCACCGCCGUCGCAGUGUUGGAACAGCCUGGCAGAUUGGUUUUGGAAACAUCGGCGGUAUCAUCUCAACCUACGCAUUCCUGAAAAAAGACUCCCCCCUAUACAGAAACGGAUACAUUAUCAGUUUAUCAUUCCUGUGUUUCUCUGCCGUCAUGGCCAUUACCUACUUUUUGACCUGCUAUUUCGAGAACAAGAAACGCGACCGCGAACAAGCGAACAUGUCGGCCGAUGCGCCGACGCUGACUGAAGAGGAGGAAGAUGCGAUGGGCGAUUUGGCGCCCUCGUACCGCUACUAUUAUUAAUUGAUGAAUUUUAUAUUCUGGAAGUCAUGGAAAUGACGAUAUUUAUCAAGUACAAGGUUACCUAAUGUAUAUGUGCUAAUGAGCUAGAGAUGGUGUGGAUAUACCAUGGAUGAUGUAGAUAGAAUUGAACAAAUACAUCUGCAUAAAUCUAUAAUAAUCUAUCUUUUCUAAUUCGUC